CUAACUCAAGUAGAUUUUGAACUUUGAAGGUCGAAAAUUUUGACCUCAUCCAAAACAAUGAAAAUAUCAGAGAGUGGUCAUUCGAAUUGAUCCCUUGUUCCAUGAAUUCAUUAAUCAACUUCUCAAGUAUUCUAUUUAUCUAUUUUUGAAAAUGGUUCAUUUUGAGAAAAGCUUCAGGUUGUAAGAAUAUGGUCAAUCCAUAAUGCAUUCUGUUAGAAAUGAGAUGAAUAUAGGGCCUAAACUGGUACCCUUCUUCAAAACUCUUGCCAUUUAUUUUGUGAUAUUUCCAUCUUCAGACAGUCCUUCAAUAUUCGGAGCAGUUUUAAAGUGUCUCCCUAUAAUCAGUUUAAUGCUUUUUAUUCUGCUUCAAGGAAUUAAUUUAGGUAAUAGAUAUAAAUAUUCAAGAAGGAUUCUCACAGGGUUGGUUUUCUGUUGUUUGGGGGAUGCACUUCUUGUGUGGCCAAAUUAUUUCACAGCAGGCAUGAUUGCCUUCGCUAUAGGACAUGUGAAUUAUAUUAUUGCUUUUGGUUUCAAACCUUUGAAUUUUACAGUUGGAGUGAUCGUUUUGGCAUUGGAUAUAGCAGGAAUCAUUUAUCUUUUUCCUGGUAUUCAAGGAAUUGUUUUGAGUUUUGGAGUUCCAGUAUAUAUAAUUAUCCUAGGAAUCAUGAUGUGGAGAGCUCUAGCUCAACUUAACAGUAUGAAGGUAGAUAUCAAAAAUUGGAACAAAUUAUGCUCCAGCUUAGGUGGCACCUUAUUUGUGUUGUCUGAUUUGAUAUUAGGCAUAAACGUAUUUAGAUAUAAGGUGAAUUAUGCUCAAACUCUGAUCAUGUCUUCUUACUAUACUGCUCAGCUAGGUAUAGCAUUAAGUGUUGUAGAUUCUAGUCAUGGUUGUGAAAUAAGUUAGAUAGAAAAAAUAAUGACAAUUCUUUGUAGUUACCACAUUCCAAAAAAUUUAUCAAUUAGCAUUUAAAUAACUUUUAUAAUUCUAAUAUAAAUCAGACAAUUGAUGAAUGGUUUCUAAAGAUUUUUUUUAAUUUGAAAUUAUUGAUCAAAUAGUGAAUCAGUUAAUAAUGUUAUUAUCUUUUUUUUAGUUUUUCAAGAUAUGUAUGUUUUUCUUUAAAAUUAACGUGCUAAAUUUUUCCCUGAAUUUCUUCCGCCUUGAUAAUUGAAAAAUAUUUCAAUGAAAACUCAAAAUAUAUGAACCUCUUCAUUAUAAAGGAUGUGGAUAUCAUAAUGUAACCUUCUAGCUAUUAUAGUCACCCUUCAAUAUACCAGGUGGCCCACCCCAGACCUUAUUUGGAGGUAGUAAAUGAAGAUAUUUUGAAAAUCUUUUUUUGUGAUAUGUAUAUGGUAGUCAAAAACAAAAUUUAAAAUUAUUUUUAUAUAUUGUUUGAAAACAAAGAUAUAGAUCAAAAUAAUACUUUUUCAUUGUAAUACCCUGUAUAUGAAUUCAAAAAUGUGAUUGUAAGCUCAAAUAAUGAUCAGUUUUUUCAGAUUACUUUAUCCUUAGAAAGACCAUUUACGAGAAAAUGGCGAAAAAUUGAAAAUAUGGAGUGGAGUUGGUAAUUAAGGAAGAAAUCAGUUACGAACCGAUUCAGACAAUGUUUUUUUGAGUAAACUUAUUGGCUACUUCUAUACAGAAAAAAAAUUUCAACUCUGGAUUAUACAGAGUGAUCAUAAUUAAUCAAACAUUAACUACAAAUAAUGGCCAAAAACUUCCAUAUUUCAAAUGGCACACCCAGUAUUUCUUAUUGAAUGUAAAAAUUAAUUUUGAAUCUAUUUUUAUUUGGUUUUCCUGCACAUAAAUCUUAUAGUAUUUCAGCAA